CUGAUCACCUAAAGAUCCAUCUAAAGACACACAGCUCCAGCAAACCAUUUAAGUGCAGUGUGUGUAAGCGUGGCUUCUCUUCCACCUCAUCACUGCAGAGCCACAUGCAGGCUCACCGCAAGAACAGAGAACAUCUUGCACUGAGGAGUGAGAGGGAUGGAGGGAAGAAGGGAGGAGGAGGAGAUGGUGACCUGGAGCAGGACCUGUAUAUGUGUGAUUAUUGUGAGGAGACGUUCAGCCAGACUGACGAGCUAGAGAAACACGUCCUGACUAGGCACCCCCAGCUGUCUGACAGAGCCGACUUGCAAUGCAUCCACUGUCCUGAGAUCUUUCUAGACGAGGCUUCUCUCCUCACACAUAUUGAAACACAGCAUGCCAACCGCAAACACAAAUGUCCCGUCUGUUCAGAACAGUUUCCCUCUGUGGAGGAUGUCUACUGCCACCUAGACAGCCAUCGCCAGCCUGACUCCUCCAAUCACAGUGCUGCCAGUCCUGACCCUGCACUGGGCAGUGUAGCCUCAAUGAGCUCAGCCACUCCCGACUCCAGCGCCAGCCUGGAGAGAGGCUCCACACCUGACUCUACGCUAAAACCCAGCCAGGGCAGUGAACGAGGCCACAGAAGAGGUGCCGAGACAGGGGAAGAGAUUGGAAUAAGCCUGGGUCAUCAAGGUGGAGGUGGGGGAGGGAACUGGGGUAAAGUGACAUACUCUUGCCCUUACUGCUCAAAGAGAGACUUCCACAGUCUAGCGGUGUUGGAGAUCCAUUUGAAGACCAUCCAUGCAGAUAAGCCGCAGCAGAGCCAUACUUGUCAACUAUGUUUGGACACUCUGCCAACACUCUACAAUCUCAAUGAACAUGUGCGCAAAGCUCAUCGUGCCAGUGGAGGAACUGUAGGAACUGCAGCAGCAGCUUUUCCCCUGCUGCAGUUCACUAAUGUCACAGCAUUCCACUGCAACUACUGUCCAGACAUGUUUGGAGACAUCAAUUCUCUGCAAGAACACAUCAGAGUGUCCCACUGCCUGCCUGGUGGGAUUGUGGCAGGAUCCACCACAUUAGAGGGGAACCAUGCCUUCUUCUGCAACCAGUGCUCCAUGGGAUUCCUGACGGAGUCUUCGCUGACAGAACACAUUCAACAGACACACUGCACCUCAGCUGCAGGGGGUGGAGCUGCAUCUGGAGGAGCGGUGGCCAAACUGGAGUCUCCAGUACUACAGGCUGCAUCUCAGUCCUUCAUGGAGGUUUACUCCUGCCCUUACUGCACCAAUUCUCCUAUCUUCGGCUCACUCCUCAAGCUCACCAAGCACAUAAAGGAGAACCACAAGAACAUCCCAUUGGCUAACAACAAACGGCAGGCGAAGGUUGCAGACUUAAGCCCAGCCUCCUCUGAUGUCGAGAUCUCCUCCCCGAAACGCCACAGACUUGGAGGGGACUCCACCCCCUCCAUGGGCAGCAAUGGGGACUACCCAUGCAACCAGUGUGACCUGCGAUUUGCCAGCUUUGAGGGUUUCCAGGCCCACCUAAAGUCACACCUGGAAAUGCUGCUGAGGCGCCAGUCCUGCCCCCAGUGCAACAAGGAGGACUUUGAAUCCCAGGAGGCACUGCUUCAACACUUGACAGUGCACUACACCACCACAUCAACCCAGUAUGUGUGUGAGAGCUGUGAUAAACAAUUCUCCUCGGUGGAUGACCUGCAAAAACACUUGCUGGACAUGCACACGUUUGUCCUGUACCACUGCACUCUCUGCCAGGAGGUCUUUGACUCCAAGGUCUCCAUACAGGUGCAUUUGGCAGUGAAGCACAGCAAUGAGAAGAAGCUGUUUCGCUGCACAGCCUGUGCCUGGGACUUCAGGAAAGAGACAGAUCUCCAGCUCCAUGUAAAGCAUAACCAUCUGGGCCAAAGGUCAGGCCUCCCAGGGGGGCUCGUGGGAGGAAUCAAGCCCCGAAAGUGCAUCUUCUGUGGGGAGACGUUUGGAACAGAAGUAGAGCUCCAGUGUCAUAUCACCACGCACAGCAAGAAGUUCACAUGUCGCUUCUGUGGCAAAGCUUUCCAUGCCAUCUCACUGCUAGAAAGACACCUGAGGGAGAAGCACUGCAUCUUUGACGGUGGCAGCAUCACUGGCAAUGGAGGUGGUACAGGGAGCAGUGGCAGCCAGAAUGGAACGCCCAAUGGACUGGCACAGUCCUCCAAGCGAGGAGGAGGAAGUUGUGGCAAUGGAAGUGCAGGAGGCGUUGAAAGAGCAACAGUGGUUGCUGCUGAACAAGCAGACCUGCAGAACAUGUUGCUGAAGGGCGGAGUUGUUGGAGGAGGAACAGGCCAGGGGGGAGAUGCAGCCAACAGCCAUGAGGCUAGCGGGGGUGAGGAGGAGCUGGACAAUUCAGAGCCCAUGUAUGCCUGCGAUAUCUGUGGAGCGGCCUACACCAUGGAGUCCCUUCUGCAGAACCACCGGCUGCGUGACCACAACAUCCGACCAGGAGAUGAUGAUGCUGGUUCUCGAAAGAAGAAGGCAGACUUCAUCAAAGGGAACCACAAGUGCAACGUGUGUUCCAGAACUUUUUUCUCUGAGAAUGGGCUUCGUGAGCAUGCUCAGACUCACCGUGGUCCUGCAAAACACUACAUGUGUCCAAUAUGUGGCGAGCGUUUUCCCUCUCUGCUAACCCUCACUGAACACAAGGUGACCCAUAGUAAGAGCCUGGACACAGGAACCUGUCGAAUCUGUAAGAUGCCCCUGCAGAGUGAGGAGGAGUUUAUAGAGCACUGCCAGAUGCACCCUGACCUCCGAAACUCCCUUACCGGCUUCCGCUGCGUUGUCUGCAUGCAGACCGUCACCUCCACCCUGGAGCUGAAGAUCCACGGCACCUUCCACAUGCAAAAGCUUUCCAGUGGUUCUGCACUUGGAGGAGUUGGAGCCGGAGGUGGGAACGGAGGAGGAGGUGGAGGGAACGGCUCAGCCUCUUCAUCCCCCAAUGGGCAGCUGCAGCAGCAUAAGCUGUAUAAAUGUGCUUUCUGCCUAAAGGAGUUCAAGAACAAAGGGGAGAUGGUGAAGCUGGAUGUCAACGGCCUGCCUUAUGGCCUCUGUGCUGGCUGCAUGAGCAGGGGCACUAACGGCCAGAGCCUGAGCCAGGGAGGAGCUGUCACGCCCGGGGACACGCAGGGAGAGAAGGCUAUGGCCGGGCUGAGGUGUCCAGAGUGUGGGGUGAAGUUUGAAACCCUGGAAGACCUGGAGAGUCAUGUUCAGACAGAUCACCCUGAGGUCAGCCCUGAAACCAGCGCAGCAGGAAAGAAGGCUGAGGCUUCACCUGCACCUAAGAAAAAGACCUACCAGUGUAUUAAAUGCCAAAUGACGUUUGAGACAGAAAGAGAGAUCCAGAUUCACGUCGCGAAUCACAUGAUCGAGGAGGGCAUCAAUCAUGAGUGCAAGCUGUGUAACCAGAUGUUUGAUUCACCUGCCAAGCUGCUUUGCCACCUGAUAGAGCACAGCUUUGAAGGCAUGGGAGGUACCUUCAAGUGUCCCGUCUGCUUCACAGUGUUUGUGCAGGCCAACAAGCUCCAGCAGCACAUUUUUGCUGUCCAUGGCCAAGAAGACAAGAUCUACGACUGUUCCCAGUGUCCGCAGAAGUUCUUCUUUCAGACAGAACUACAGAACCACACACUGAGUCAGCACGCGCAGUGAGACCGAGGCCCGGCAGGAUCUCUCGGCUCAGCCGGGGCCCCCGACCCGGAGCCGGCAGGGGACCGCCAUCUCCACAUCACAGCCAAUCAAAGUGUCAUUUGCUACUCACAUGUAAAACUCUAACGAUCGCGCCACUGGGCGCGGCUAUUACGAGCAGCGGGGGAAAGGAAUAUUAAUGGGAUAUGCUAUUAAAUAAAGAAAGGAAAAAGUGGGUGAGAGAAAUGGUAAGAGCUAGAUGGAAGGAAAGACGAGUGAAAAAAGGGUAUUGUACGUGCAGUAUUUUUUAUUGUCCCUGCCAAACCCCCCUCCAACAGCUUCUUCCUCCUCCUCUUCUCCUUUCCUCUCCUCCCACCCAUCACUCCCCAGGUCAUGCAUUUUAUUUUUUUUAAUAGAAAAAAAAAAGCAAGAUAACACCCUUUGUUUUGAGAUUUUUUAAAAAUAGAUUGUAGGAAAAAGCUUCACUUUCUUGUCCCCUCAGUUGCUCAUUGUAUUCAACUUCAUAGGUGCCAUCUUAUUUGAUUUUUAUUUCUUAUUUUCUUUAUUUUCAUUUUGUACCUUUCAUUUCUUGCCGUAAGUAGGUACUUGUGCUGUGUUGUGAUUGUUUGUUUGCCAGUCGUAAUAUUCCUAAGUUUUCCCCCAAAUCUCUCCUUUUUAUGAUUAUUGUUAUAUAUUUUUUUUCCUUUUUAUAAUUACUAUGAAAAAAAGACAUCAAACAAAAUAAAGUGCAGAAAACCAUACAGAUGUUUCUUUUUUUUGGAUUGGGUUUUCCAGUCUCUAUGGGGCCUAUAAUGGUUAUUGUAAAAAUGAGUAUCAUCAAUUUCAGUGCGUCUGGUCAAUGACUGCUUUUUAAUUGUGAAUUAACCAGAUUGCAAUAAUCUAGUACAGACAAAAAGAUAAAACAAAUAAAUA